UCCUCGCCUGCUCUAAUCAGCUUCAAGAUCCUGCUUCCUGGUUCCGGUUCCAGGUUGUUGUUACAGUGAUGGCUGCUGUGCCAGUUCAAUCGCUCCGGGUGUCGGAGAUCAAGGACCUGGCUGCGCUUUUCGAGAGGUACAGCACCGAUGAGAUCCGCGGGGUCGAGCGCAAGGUGCGGGGGGAGAUCGAGCAGAAGAAGGAAGAGCUGCGGCAGAUGGUUGGGGAGCGGUACCGGGACCUGAUCGAGGCGGCGGACACGAUAGGGGAGAUGAGCCAGUGUUCGGAGAGUGUGGUGAAGUCGGUCCAGGAUAUGUACCGGUACUGUCACAAACUGAAACAGAAUAAAACCGGGCCUGCCGCUACCAACAAAAUGGAGAGCAGGCAUCAGUCCCAGGAGAAGUUCUACAGCAUGGCUGCUCAGAUCAAGCUUCUACUGGAAAUCCCGGAGCGGAUCUGGAGCUCCAUGGAGUUGGCUCAGUACCUGCGGGCCACCCAGCUAUACCUGCUGUGCUGCCACCUGCACAGCCUGCUCCAGCUGGAGUCCAGUGGGGCCCACUACAGCCCAGUGCUCUCCCGCUUCCCCAUACUGGUGCGGCAGGUUGCAGCCGCGGGGCACUUCAGGUCGACCAUCCUGCUGGAGAGUAAGUCCCUGCUGAAGGGGAGGGCGGUGUCGGACCAGGCCAUCGCUGAGGCGCUCGCGUCCAUCAUGCUGCUGGAGGACAGCUCCCCCCGACAGGCCCUCGCUGACUUCCUAUUGGCCAGGAAAGCCUCCAUCCAGCAGCACCUGAACCAACCACACCACGACUCUGGUAUCAAGGCCCAGGUUUGCUCUCUGGUGGAACUCUUAGCAACCACCCUUUACCAGGCCUACGCUGUAUUCUACACCCCUCCUGAGGGCCAGCUGCCAGACCCCACCCUGAGCUCCGGCCUUCUCUUCACCACACUGGAGACCAGCACCGCUCCAGCAGGUAAAGGAGUAAAGGUCCUGCACAAUGAGAUGAAGUCUGGCAGCUGGUUUAAAUAUCUGCCGUCCUCCGUCACUGACUUCCAGCCAGUGCUGCGGACCCUCGCUCGCCCAAUCAACCAGGACCACCUGAGAGACACCUUGCUGCAGUGGAUCAACAUGUGUAAAGAGGAUAUCAAGUUGGGGAUCUCAAGCCUGCUGGUGUACGUGAAGAGCCUGAAGGGGCUGGCGGCUAUCCGGGAUGCGGUGUGGGACCUCCUGACCAGCGAGUCACUCAGCCAGCACUGGGGCUUCGUGUGCCAGAGACUGCUGGAGCACCCCCUGUCCUUCUGGGAGGACUUCCUACAGCAGCUCUUCCUUGACCGCCUGCAGGCUCUGACUAAAGAAGGACUGGACGGGAUCUCAAGCAGCUCCAAGCAGCUGCUGGUCUCAGCCCUGCAGGAGCUGGCAGCCAGGCCGGCGCCAGGGGGGCAGGGUAGAGCAGUGCAGUUCGAGUAUGACAUCGCCUCCUUCCUGUGGUCCGAAGCCCCCAACGACCUGCUGAGUGACGCCGCCUGGGUGAGCGUCUCCAACCGCAGCCACCUUCUCAAGAGCGGUCUGUCUAUGAAGGCCCAGGCCCUGACUCCCUGCAUCCAGAGCUUCUGCGGCUCCCUAGACUCCAAACUCAAAAUCAAGCUGGACGACCUCCUGUCCUACUUGCCCCCUGAAAAAAAUCUGAAAGAAUCCGCUGACCUGCUCGCUAGCUCCCAGCUGAGAAACUCUGCCUUUGACCGCUACGCGGACGCCAGUACUGUGGAGGAGUGUCUCCGGGAGCACUGCCUGUCCUGCGUGCGCUACAUCCUCUCCUGUGUCCAGUCGGAGCUCAAAGCUGCCCAGGAUAGGCUGCAGAGCUCCAGCAGGUACUGUCCCUUAGACAGCAGCCUCAAUUCAGUCCUCUUCAUGGCCCGGCUUUGUCAAUCCAUGGGAGAACUCUGUCCCAACCUCAAGCAAUGCAUCAUGGGGAAAGCAGGCGAUCAUGUGACCAGGGAGACGUUGCGUGUAGGGAAGAAGCUGGGGAAGGGCAGCAGCAAAGCACCUGAGGUGAACCCCGCCCAGGCCAGGUGGCAGGAGGUGAGGGAGGAGCUUCUUAAACACAGCAUGGAGGCCUAUCGCAUCUGGAGCAUCACUGUGUCCAAGGCUCUGGUUCAUCGCUUCUCAUUGACACUCCACUCAGACACUGCAGGCUCUAUCCUGGCUACAUCCACGAACUGGGAGGAGUUAGAGAUCCAGGAGGAGACAGAGACAGGGAACAGCGUCACUUCAAAGAUUCGUCUGCCUGUGCAGCCAUCGUGGUAUGUACAGUCCCUGCUAUUUCAUUUGUGCCAAGAGGUGAACAGGGUCGGAGGUCACGCCCUGCCAAAGGUGACCCUGCAGGAACUGCUCAAGGGCUUCCUGGAUGAGCUGAUCCUAGCAUACAACGAACUGACUUCAAACAAGCACAACAAGCAGGACAGUGCCUCCCCGAUGACGCAGAACCGAUCCCUGCAGCUGGUGUUUGACCUGCGCUACCUCACCAUGGUCCUGAGCGCACGGCAGGAGGAGGGUAAAACCCUUCGCACACAGCAAGACCCCAGAAUCCAGCAGGUCAUUGACGCCUUAGAGAGCCACAUUGACCCCUUCGAUCUGGAUGUCUUCACUCCUCCCCUCAACAGGAACCUUAACCGCCUCUCUCAGAGAACCUCGGUUCUUCUGGGGCUGCUCACAGGCACAGAGAAGAUGUUCACCAGCCGGAGCACCAACGUCAACUCCCAGGAGCCUUACAACAUCCUGCCCCUCUCCUCUAGCCAGAUCCGAUUCGGGCUCUUGCCACUGAGCAUGUCCAGCUCCCAGAGAGCCAAAUCAGCCAGCAGGAGUUCAGAGGUCAAGAAGUCCCAGCUCCAUUGAGAUGCCUCCUUAUGAUCUGCCCUGGAUUCUCAUGUUGGUACGAUGAGCUUGGUGUGCAGUGUGCUUACGGCAUGGGGAGGGAGAGAGAGAGUGUACCCACUCUCCUCGUGAUCGUGCACUCUGCAUGAAGCUGUGUUUUGUAGCACUAUACUGUGUCUGGUUUCUUUGCCUUUAAAAGUUAGGCUAGGUCUUUUAGAAGCUGAUAGAUGCCAUUCUAAUAUAGUGAGCGCAGUAUCCUGUUGUUAACAGCUGAUGGAGCUAUAGAAACAAAACUACUUGAGGAAUUACUCAAGAGAACAGUAAAGACGGUAGACUUGGUGAAAGAGUUAUGAAAGCAUGUAAAGAAUUUUGUUUGUUUGUUUGAUUAUUUAAAUCUGUUACUAGAAGAAAAGAUUGUGGUUUUCAAGUUCCAACUCUGCUAUGCUCCCUGUGUCAGGAAAGUAAAAAAAAAAAAAAAAAAAAAGAUGUACUUGCAUACAAAAAGUCGCUUGUCAUAAAUUGAUAGGCAGCUUUGCAAAGCUGGUGCCCAAAAGCAUCAUAAUUGCAAAUUGUUACAAGGGAGUGGUGAGAUGGUGGAAAAAAAAACAUGAUUGGGACACUUUCAUUGCAGGGUUUAUACUAAGUCUCUGGAUGUUUAGCUCUAUAAAGUUGCAUGGUUCAAGUUUGUCCAAUUAAGUUUGUCGUAAAACACAGACUGAAAGUCCCAACUUUAACUGGGGGUAUAUAAAGCAGUGACUGACUUGACCUUGCUGCUUCUAAGCUGUGUGAGUCUUCUGUCUACUGAUGCUGUAGCUCAGCCUUCCCCAAAGUCCUAUGAAAUUCAUAUUGACUGUAAACUGCAGCGAAUCCUAAUACUAAAAACCUUGCUCCGUAAUUACCUCAUCAUGCACAUCCCCUUGAUUUUGGGCAGUGCUACCUGGGAAUUAAGUAACAACGUUCUUCCUCCAAC